AUGAGAGGCGUCGUGAGAUUCUCGUCAAAAAAUCCCUAUUCACUGCCACGUACGAGCUUUUCCGCAGCCAAAAAGUGCACUCAUCGCAAUCAUCAUUAUCAGGAUCGAGAAAAUUCUCGUUACUACGAGCGCCAUGAGAGUAACAAUAACAAAUACAGUAACAGCGAGUUCGGUAGCAACAAUAACGAGAAUUACCACACCAACAAUAAUCAUGAAAAUAAAAAUAAUUACGAAGAUAAUCGUAGUCGUCAGCAGCGACGUUACCACGAUUACAGCGACGAGGAACAUCAGUAUCUUGCGAGUGACGACGACGAAGAUACUUAUUACGAUUAUGAGAGACUCAAGCGUUAUCGAAACCGUUUGUCAUCCCGACGCAUCAGUCCGGGUACGAUAAAUCGUGUCAAUCUGAUGGUUAAAAGAUUUUUGUGCUUUCUUGCGUGUCCUUCUCUCCGUUCGUCGGUGCGUUACAGUCAGGACUGUUGA